AUGGGGUCUAUGUGCUCGAAGUCCUCUACGCAUGAGGGUGGUCAUACCGUGCUCGGGUCCGGUUCCGACGCCAACCAGAAUUCGCUAGGCGGUUCUGCACAUCGCAGGGAGGACCCUCGCGCGGCGGCGGCGGCAGCGGCCGAGGCAAGACUGAAGAGGGAACAAGAACGGGGGACCCAUGCUUCUAACCCCAACCGCGGACGCCUGGCCUCCAAGUUGGAGGCGUCCAAGGCAGCGAAGACGACACCUGAAGGUGUACCGGACCGCGUGAUCUAUGAUUGA